AUGGUCAAAUUAACAACUAUAUCUUAUAAUGAUUUACAGGAACAUGCUCUUGAUGAUAAACUAUCAUCAUUACCAUUUGAUAUUAAAGAUAAAAAUAAAAAAUCUUCACAUCUACCUUUAAUUUCUAUAGAAGAUAAAUUCGAAGCUUCAGAUUCAUUGUUAUUUAAUAUAAAUCAAACAUCUAUAGAAUAUUAUCGUCAAUAUGUUAAAAGAAAAAAUCAAGAACAAUUCAUGUAUAAUAAAUAUUUAUUUUCAUCAAGUACAACACGUUAUAUUUUACUUGUACAAGUACAUACACGUAUUGUAUAUUUAAAAAAAUUUAUUGAAAUGUUACAAGAAAUUGAAACAAUAAAUCAAACAUUAAUUAUAUUUAGUCAUGAUUUUAUUGAUUCCAAUAUAAAUGCACUUAUUAUGAAUAUUACAUUUGUACCGGUGAUUCAAAUUUUUUAUCCAUUUUCACAACAACUUUAUCCUAAUGAAUUUCCUGGCCUUGAUCCAAAUGAUUGUCCACGUGAUAUACCUAAACAAAAAGCUUUGCUGAAGCGGUGUAAAAAUGCACCAUAUCCUGAUAGAUAUGGACAUUAUCGAGAAGUAUCUAUUGUACAAAUUAAACAUCAUUGGUGGUGGAAACUCAAUUUUGUAUAUAAUUCAAUUGAAGUUUUACAAAAUCGUACAGAUCAUUUAUUAUUAUUACUUGAAGAAGAUUUUUAUCUAUCACCUGAUGCACUUGUAUUUCUUAAGAAAAUGGAAACUGAAAAAGAACAUGUCUGUCCUGAAUGUUUAUUCUAUACAUUAGGAAAUCUUGAAAAAACAGGUAAACAAUUUUCAAAACUUGGUUCUAAAGUAUCUAUUGCAUAUUGGCAUGCAAGAUAUAAUCUUGGUAUGACAAUAUCUCAUCAAUUAUGGACAUUACUUGUGAAAUAUGCUGAAGAAUUUUGUACUAUUGAUGAUUAUAAUUGGGAUUGGUCACUUGUUUAUUUAGCACAACAACGUUUUCAUUUUCCUCGUGUAAUGUGGUCAAGUGCAACAAGAGUUAUACAUCUUGGAUCAUGUGGUACACAUCAUAAAAAAACUUGUUCAAGUGAAUCAGAUAUUGGUCGAUGGACAGAAACAAAAUUAUUCUUUAAAACUAAUCGAAAACAUCUAUUUCCAACAAAUUCACUUUCUGUACAUCUUAAAUAUGAAGGCAAACCUAUAUUUAAACAACCCAAUGGUGGCUGGUCGGAUUUACGAGAUCGACAAUUAUGUCUUUCAUUUGCUUUUAAAGAUAUAAAAAACCUAUCAUCUGUUGAUAUAAAAACAUCCUAG